GAUACCGACCUGUUCAGCCCACACGCUAUCGCCUACUACCACCGCGAGUGGCUGCCGACGCAUACAGAGCAAAACGGAAGAGCGCAUAAUAAUUGUUCAUAUCGGUAUUCGUAGCCCUCGACACAUAGUCUUCAGCACUGUUGACGGUGAGUUAAUAUUCUCUGUACUUGCUGCAAAAAGUAACACAGUACCCAUAGUGUCGUUCGGUCACAUUCCACCAGAAGAAGUCUCUCAGCAAGUGUCAUAGUAAGAACACUUCGCCUACUUUGAUGACCGAAAACAGAUAAAUAUUUAACAAGUGAAGAAAAACGCAUUUUGGGCGUAGUAAAAACCUUCAUAAAAAUGUGAUGUUGAGUGCAAUUUUAGAAUUUAUUAAAUGACACGAAUGGUGUGCAAUCGCUUGUGUAGGAAUUAUUCGAAAAACCAUAAGAAGUAAAAGUAUUCCUCGCGGAGUUGCGGGCAAGUCUGUAAACCAUGUCAAUAGAUUUGAGUAAAAAUCGGGAAUCCAUGGUUAAAGCCUGGAAAACGGUGGUUGACACGAAGAGCUCCACCAACUGGGCUCUAUUUUCGUACGAAGGGCAAACCAACGUGCUAAAACUACAGGAAACCGGUGAGGAUGGAAUGUCCGAGUUGGCCAGCGAGUUCAACUCGGGAAAAAUUCAGUACGGAUUCGUACGGGUAGAUAACAAGGAGACUGGAAUUGCAAAAUUCGUGUUCAUACAUUGGCAGGGAGAAGGGGCACCUACAGCCCGUAAAGGAACCUGCGCCAAGCAUGUUAGGGACGUGACAAACUUGUUACAUGGAGCGCACAUUACCAUCAAUGCAACCAACGAAGAUGACGUAGAGGAAGCGCUGGUGCUAGAAAAGCUGCAGAAAGUAAUCGUCAAUGAUUUCAAGGUCAAAGAUUACUCACAGGCUAACGGUAGGUAUCCGAGAGUUUUUUUUUAUUUGAUUAAAUUUAAUUAACAUUUGACGGUGCUG